AUGCAGGGCUGCUGCCACUAUAAGGAAACUGCCUUUAAAGAGAGCGUGUCUGCGUGCACGGGAGAAAUUGAGAGGGAGCAGGAACGCCUUCUAAUGAGCCUGCUGCCCAGAAAUGUUGCCAUGGAAAUGAAGGAGGACUUCCUGAAGCCACCAGAAAGAAUCUUCCAUAAGAUAUACAUCCAACGACAUGACAAUGUCAGCAUCCUGUUUGCAGACAUUGUGGGCUUCACCAGUCUAGCUUCACAAUGCACGGCCCAGGAGCUGGUCAAACUGCUGAACGAGCUCUUUGGGAAGUUUGAUGAACUCGCUACUGAAAACCACUGCAGGAGGAUUAAGAUCUUAGGAGACUGUUAUUACUGUGUGUCCGGCCUGACCCAGCCCAAAGCGGACCAUGCUCACUGCUGUGUGGAGAUGGGUCUGGACAUGAUUGACACCAUCACGUCUGUUGUAGAGGCUACUGAGGUGGACCUGAACAUGCGUGUGGGUUUGCACACCGGCCGUGUGCUGUGUGGGGUUCUCGGGCUCCGCAAGUGGCAGUAUGACGUCUGGUCCAAUGACGUGACACUGGCCAACAUGAUGGAGGCAGGAGGACUGCCUGGGAAGGUUCAUAUCACCAGAGCAACACUGGAAUGUCUUAAUGGAGAUUAUGAGGUGGAGCCAGGAUUCGGCCAUGAGAGACACUCUUUCCUCAGUAAACACGCCAUCGAGACGUUCUUCAUCGUGCCAUCACACAGACGCAAGAUUCUUCCAGGGCUGAUCCUAUCAGACAUAAAGCCAGCGAAAAGGAUGAAGUUCAAGACCGUGUGUUACCUGCUGGUGCAGCUCAUGCACUGCAGAAAGAUGUUCAAGGCUGAGAUCCCUUUCUCCAACGUCAUGACCUGUGAGGAUGAUGACAAGAGACGAGCGCUGCGAACAGCUUCUGAGAAGCUGAGAAAUCGGACAUCAUUUUCGGCGGGCAUGGUGCAGAACUCUCCCGGGACCAGAGUGAACCGUUACAUCGGCCGUCUGAUAGAAGCACGACAGACGGAGUCUGAGACAGCAGACCUCAACUACAUUACCCUCACAUACAGGAGCAGAGAGAGAGAGCAGAGAUAUCAGCAAGUGUAUGACGAUGCCUUCAUCAGUGCGGUGGUUAUCUCGCUUGUCCUCACUUCAUUUUUUGCAGUGGUCUAUUUCCUCAUCUUUCCUCAAGGUCUUCUGGUUGUGAUUCUGCUGGUUCUCUGUUUAUGUUUCCACAUGGCAAGUGUGAUGUACCUUCACAUCACUCAUGUGCAGUGCUCUCCUGACUGUCUGACCCUGCAGAUCAGAAUGGUCCUGUGCGGGUUUCUGGUGCUGCUGAUGUACUCCGUGACCCAGGGGUGUGUGGUGGAAUGUGUUCCGUGGUCACUGGAGGGGAAUUCUAAUGUCUCCAUGGUGACAGUCGUCACAGUCAACAGGACCGGCGUGGGCUCCGGGGUGUGCAAAUACACUCCGUAUGUAUUUUUAUCAUGUGUGAUGGCGUCGCUCUCCGUGGCUCUGUACCUCCGUGUGUCAUCACUACCCAAGAUCCUCCUGCUUCUCCUUCUCAACAUCCUCCACACUGUCGUCAUGGAGACCAGCGGCUACCGGAAGGCCAUAGGAGGUGGAUUCUUUCACACACAUGGCUAUGACCCGGUUCUGGCAAUGCUGUUGUUUUCUGGAGCUCUAGUGCUUCACUGCAGACAACUGGACCUCAAACUCAGACUGGACUACCUCUGGGCCACCCAGGCUGAGGAGGACAGAGAUGACAUGGAGAGAGUGAAGUUGGACAAUAAAAGGAUUCUCUUUAACCUUCUGCCUGCACAUGUAGCUCAACACUUUCUGCUGUCCAACCCGCGAAACAUGGACCUGUAUUAUCAGUCUUACUCUCAGGUGGGUGUUCUGUUCGCCUCCAUCCCCAACUUUAAUGACUUCUACAUUGAGCUGGAUGGAAACAACAUGGGUGUGGAAUGCCUCCGGCUGCUAAACGAGAUCAUUGCCGACUUUGAUGCGCUGAUGGAUAAGGAAUGCUACAGAGACAUUGAGAAGAUCAAAACGAUUGGCAGUACAUACAUGGCUGCGGUCGGACUCGUCCCCACUGCAGGAUCCAAGGUAAAGAAGUCCAUUUCUGUGCAACUGUGCACAGUGGCUGAUUUCGCCAUUGAGAUGUUUGACGUACUGGAUGCGAUCAACUACCAGUCCUACAAUGACUUUGUGCUUCGAGUUGGAAUCAACGUGGGACCAGUGGUUGCCGGCGUAAUCGGGGCUCGCAGGCCUCAGUAUGACAUCUGGGGAAACACAGUCAAUGUCGCCAGCAGAAUGGACAGCACUGGCAUUCAGGGAAAAAUACAGGUUACUGAGGAAGUCUUCCGCCUACUCUCUGGUUAUUAUCACUUCCAGUGUCGUGGCCAGGUCAGCGUGAAGGGCAAAGGUCAAAUGCUCACCUACUUUCUGGAGGGCCGAACCGCGCAAGCUGGGCAGCACAUGCGACCCAAGAGCCCCAAGCGUGGGUCAAGCCCCUGCAUCCGGACCAAACUGGGAUCAGCGCCUGCUGUCAGCAGCUACGGGGUGAAAAGUCACACCAUAGGGCAUGUUAGCACCCCAAACAACAGCAUUAUGUACCUGCCCUCCGUUUCCGUCGACAUGGAGAUGGAGGUGUGAUCGCCAAGAAGACUGGUUCUAAGGUGGUCAAACGAUGCAUUAGUACAUCAGAGGCAGGGAGGGAAACUGAGCACAAGGUAGGAAGUAAGAUGAAAAACUGAGGAGAGAAACAUUCAAACGUGCCAAACCGAGAAAGGCCCUCUCCCCUUCAUGCAAGUACAUAAUAAGCAUGUAUGUCUUUCCGUGUGCGUAUGCGUGUAUUUUAUUGAGUCUUCCCCGACCAACAGGAUAUCAGGGUCUCCUCAACGGGAGCAUGCGAUCUACUGCAAAAGGCAGCUUCACACCAGCCGAGGAGACACAUACCCAGUGUGUGUCUGUGUGCAUGUGUUAUCUUGCAUCUGAAAAUGUCAAGAGAUGCCACGGCGAUUCAUAUUUUGAGUGGCGAGGACCUAACAUUUUGUUUAUGACAGCGCUGUAUUUUGUACGAGACUGAGUCAGGGCAGUUUCUGAGACGACAGAACACGUGUUGGGUUUUUCCCACAAAGACAAAGGAAAAGAUGGUUCCUCAUAUUGAGAUAUGCUUUGAAGAAAUUGUUUACAUGAAGAACACGUCCCGGGUUUACAGAUGUUAGCAAAGUGAUUCCCAGCUCUACAGUUUUCAGGCACUCGUCUGUGUAUGCAGAGAGAAAGAUGUAGAAAUUCUAAACAACCGUAGUGAAUCAGAGACUGCAGUGAUUUACUAGUGAAUGCUAACACUAUCCUGUUUUGUAAUCAUUUACAGAAAGUCGGUCGGGUGUGUGACGUGGGUAAAUGUUUAACUUUGCGUGGGUUGAAUCAGCACAGUUUUCCUGUAUGUGAUGUUAGUACGCACUUGGUGCUUGGACAAAACAUCUGUAUGCACUUGCUGCUGCCCUUUGCUCUCUGGGAAAUCCUUUCCAGGAAUAACAUGACAGCCGUUCCCAUUGCGUUAAAUAAGCGCAAAGGACAUGAACUAUCGAUACAAUCGAGAGGUCAGCACAAUCGAGGCUGUCACUGAUAACACUAUUCACAAAAAGCAACCAAAUUGGCUUCCAGUGUGUGAUCAAAUUGCUUGAUAUACAUUUAUUCCACAUAUAUUUGGUCUGUGGUUUUUCUAAGUGGCACUUCGCUUUCAGAUUCUCCUAUCAACAGUAGCAUCUCUCACUGUGCUUGCGGAAUGAUCUUUACCAGCGGUUGAACAUGCAUGAUAUUUUAGUGCUGGAUGUGUCAUGUGCAGUCUAGAUCUUAGGUGAAACAUCGGGAUUUUAGUGCAUCUGUUUCAGAGCAUGCAAACAUCUCAAAUCUGCUCUCAGUUGGGAAAGCCUCACAAGCCUCAUUUCAGAAUGAUCUUUUGAUUUUCUUUAUGUACUAUUACUGUAUCUUUGAUAGAUUUCCCAUGAUGCCUAGCUAAUGAAGUUUGGCUUCACGCAUGCCAUUCUGCAUGUCCCUCUCAGCAUGCUGUAAUUCUGUCACGUCGCUCUAUUUGAUAACUGAUUUGUGUCUCUAAUGCAUGCCUACUGCAAAAAGAAAACCAAGUGUUGAAGAUAUGUUGCCAGACAUGCUUUAGUAGCACAGCAUGAAGCCCAGAAUAAAGGCCUCGAUGAACCGAAACAUCUUUUUUUUUUUCAUCCUUUGGCGUAUCUGCUUACCUGGUCCAUGUGUGGUGCUGUGGGGAAAGCUUUCUGGGAGUUUUGUAGCAUUGGCGCCUUGUCAAGCUCUUGAAGUGACUGCCUUUUUAUCCAGGGUCUGUUAGAGAAAGUGUAUCUUUUGGAAAAUCUGCCAAAACAUACGGUUACCAACAUAUCAAACUGUGUUCUUUUAUAGUGCAACUCUGCGACAUUGUGUGCAUUCGGUUCCAUUUCAAACUUUACUUUAAUAUGGACUGAUUGAACCACAUGGGGCUCAAUACUGACUCGCAAAUGGGCUAUUCCUUUUUUAUUUUUCAACGUUUAAUUAAGCUACGUUUUCAGGAAUGAUCUCUCUGAUUAUAUAUAUUGUUUCGCUGCAUUAGGCUUCAUUUAACAUACACGGAAUUUCACAUAUUUAUUAACGUAAAGUAAGGAGCUGUUCAUUCGAGUUUCAUCUAUGUACAUUUUUGGUUUUUAUGAUAUGAAUGCCAAAUGCCAAAAUGCUUAUCGUAUCACUGAAUAUUUCAGAUUUUAUGAUCCAACAAAUGUAGCCAAACAGCUAAAUGGUUCUAUUUGAUAUGGCUUAAUAUAAUCUAUUUUGACUACAGUGGCCUAACUUACUGCUGUUAUGAACAUUAAUAAUAUAUUAACUAAUAAUGCAUAAAGUGUGCACAGUAAAAUCAUAGAAUAGAUUUUCAUGUCGAUUAGAUAUUUUCAUAUUUGAUACGGGUCAAAAUUAUUGUACGUAUUAAAUAUAUUGUAGAGUAAACUAAAAGAGUAUUUUAUUGAUGAUUUGUAAUAUCUGUGCUCUUUUUGGGGUUCUAAUGUAUUUAUUGCGAUGGUUCUAUGUGAAUGUAAAUUUCAUAUUGAGAUCUUUUAUACUUGUGUUUGCACUGUUCAGGAAUAAAAUAACAAUAAGAGACGA